AUGAAGUUAAUUCUCGCUUUGGGAGUCUUGGUUUUCGCCAGUUUAAGUCAUGAGGUAAAAACGCAAAUACCGGUACCACUUCCACCGCCAGUUCCAGUACCAGUUGGGCCAGUAGGACCUUUGGGACCCUUCGGACCAAUGGGUCCACGUCCUUUCGGACCUUUCGGACCAAUUCCUGGACCAAUGGGACCAAUGGGACCAAUGGGGCCAAUGGGACCAUUUGGCCCGAUGGGACCUUGCAUGCCAAUGCCGCCACCACCACCGAUACUACCUGGAGGAGUCUGUGGACCAAUGGGACCCAUGGGGCCAUUCGGUCCAAUGGGUCCACGUCCAUUUGGACCUUUCGGGCCAAUGGGACCAAUGGGACCAUUUGGACCUAUUCCCGGACCAAUGGGACCUUUUGGUCCCAUGGGUAUGCCUAUGAGACCACCAAUUCCUGUUCCUGUCUUUUAA